AUCUGUGAUGCAGUGCUGGAUUCCGGACAGAAUCUGUCUCAGAAGAACAAGAUCCAGGAGCAAACCCCUCUCAUGUAUGAGUGGUAUCAGGAGGAGUAUGUGGGUGCCGCUCAUGGCCUGGCAGGGAUCUACUACUACCUGAUGCAGCCUGGCUUUGUGGUUGGCGAGGACCGAGUUUACCAUCUAGUCAAACCCAGUGUGAACUACAUGUGUCAGCUAAGGUUUCCAUCAGGCAAUUACCCACCGUGGGUUGGAGAUUCUCGGGAUCUUCUGGUGCACUGGUGUCACGGCUCUCCUGGAGUGAUCUACAUGUUGAUACAGGCUUUUAAG